CCCCAUUUGCUUGUUUUGCAGCAAGGUAGUAAAGUCUUACUCAAAGCCACUUGUGGAAUUGGAUGAGAUGGUGAAAAGGAUGGUUUUGGAGAGUCUAGGACUACAAAAUUACAUUGAUGAAUUCUUGGAUCUCACCUCUUUCCUAUUGCGAUUAACCAAAUACAAUGCAACUCAAGAUGAAGAUAUGGGGAAUAAACUUGGAAUUGGUGACCAUACUGAUGGUAACUUCUUGACCAUAAUAUCACAAAAUCAAGUAAAUGGAUUGCAAAUUCUCAAGAAAAAUGGAGAAUGGAUUGAUGUUGAUAUUUCAUCGAAUUCGUUCGUUGUUCUGUCUGGUGAUUCCUUCAUGGCAUGGACAAAUGGUCGAUUGCAUUCUCCUCUCCAUAGGGUAACGAUGGCUGGAGAAAAUGAUAGGUUCUCCAUUCAGUUAUUUGCAGAUCCAAAAACAGAUUGCACCAUAAAGGCCCCAAAAGAACUCGUGGAUGAAGAACACCCUUUACUCUUCAAGCCAUAUGACAUGCUUGGUUAUUUUGAGUUUUUUGGUACAGAAGCUGGACGGGAAGCUGGCCCCAAUGUUCUCAAGGCUUAUUGUGGUGUAUGAAUUAUUGUACGUCUUAAAGUUUCAACUUGACGACUGGCGAGGGCCUAUCUGAAACAACCUUUCUACCUUUGCGGUACUAGGGUAUAGUCUGCAUGUAUACACUCUACUUUUUUCAUAUCCAACUUUGUGGGACUACAUGGGGUAUUGUUAUUGUUGUUGUUGUAAUGCUUCACCUUCUUCAUAUUACAAACCCUCUUUUGCUUGUACUUGCUCCGUUUCAUAUUAUUGGUCUCUGUUGAUCCUGACACGAUACAUCUCUUAAUUAGAAAAUUUUAAUUAGAGGUGUAUUUCAACAAUUUAAUCUUCUUAAUGAUGUUUUGAAAUU